CGUCCCGGCCGCCGCCGCCCCGCCGCCGGCGGGAGCCUCCAGCCAUGCUCCAGGGUGGCCGGAGCCCGCUGCCGCCCCCGGCGGGGACUCCCAGUGGGGCACGGAGUCCGGCUAUCACUCCCGGAGCGGCGCAGGUAGCGGCGGGCAGCCUGCUAGCGCUUCUCAUCCUCUGGACGCUCUUCGGGAACGUCUUGGUUUGCGCGGCUAUCGUUCGCUACCGACACCUGAGAAACAAGGUCACCAACAUCUUCAUCGUGUCCCUGGCUGUCUCGGACCUGCUGGUGGCUCUGCUCGUCAUGCCCUGGAAGGCGGUGGCUGAGGUGGCUGGGUACUGGCCUUUUGGGGCUUUCUGCAACGUCUGGGUGGCCUUUGAUAUCAUGUGCUCCACAGCCUCCAUCCUGAACCUCUGCGUGAUUAGUGUGGACAGGUACUGGGCUAUUUCCAGCCCCUUUCGUUAUGAGAGGAAGAUGACCCAACGGUUGGCUCUAGUGAUGAUCAGCGUGGCGUGGGCUUUGUCUGUGCUCAUCUCCUUCAUCCCUGUACAGCUCAACUGGCACAAAAGUGGGAAUAUUGUUGCUGAUGAUGAUAUCAGAGAUGAAUUUGGCACUGGCUGGGCAGCAGCAGGUGCUGUCACCACCUGGGCAGAAGAUAUGAGCACCACAUGGGUGGCAUUAGCAGCAAUGAGACCUGCUGAUGGGACCUCAGGCAGCAAUGACACCUUCCCUGUACCAUCAGAGAGCUGUGACUCCAGCCUCAAUAGGACUUACGCUAUUUCCUCCUCUUUGAUCAGUUUUUAUAUCCCAGUGGCUAUCAUGAUAGUUACCUACACUCGAAUCUACCGCAUUGCCCAGGUGCAGAUUCGUCGUAUCUCUUCUCUGGAGAGGGCAGCCGAACAUGCGCAGAGCUGCCGGAGCAGCCACGCUGAUUGCCACCAUCACACAAGCCUCAAGUCCUCCAUCAGGAAGGAAACCAAGGUGUUGAAGACCCUGUCAGUCAUCAUGGGUGUCUUUGUCUGCUGCUGGCUGCCAUUCUUCAUCUUGAACUGCAUGGUUCCCUUUUGUGAGAGUCCACCCAGUGACCCCCAUGCUGGCCUUCCCUGUGUCAGUGAGACCAUCUUUAAUGUCUUUGUCUGGUUUGGUUGGGCCAACUCUUCUCUCAAUCCCAUCAUCUAUGCCUUCAAUGCUGACUUCAGAAAGGUCUUCUCCAACCUCUUGGGAUGUGGUCAGUUUUGCUCAAGUACUCCGGUAGAGACUGUUAAUAUAAGCAAUGAGCUUAUCUCUUACAACCAGGACACUCUUUUCCAUAAGGAGAUAGUGACUGCUUAUGUUAACAUGAUCCCAAAUGUGGUUGAAUGUGAAGAAAAUCGUGAGGACCCUUUCGAUAGGAUGUCCCAAAUCUCCCCUGACCAUGAGAUUGCCACUGACUCUGUCUGUGAGCUGGAGUGCGAGGCGGAGGUUUCGCUUGGCAAAAUAACACCUUUCACUCCAAAUGGUUUACAUUGAAUUGCAUCCUGCCCUGGUCAUUUCUUGGAUUAUAAACCAAAAUACUAGCACUGAGUAGAAAACUUGCUUGAUUUUUAUGCUAUAGUUUGGUCAGUCACUUCAUGCUAAACUUACUUUUACUUGUAGCACCUUGCAGGAUGCAGACACAGGGAGCACAGUCUUAAUUCAGCACUUCCCUGGGCUGGAAGAGGACCAGGCAGCAGUGUUGAUUAGCUGCAGUGAGGUGCCAUCCUUUAAUUGCAGUCUCUUCAUGCAUUGAAUGUGUUUGCAAAUGAAAGGUAUCAUUGUAUGCUAAGUAUUCCAACUUCUAAAAUCAGGGACAGAUGUGACUGACAUAGACAUUAAAUGGAAAGAAAUUCUAGGCUGUUUGUUUGUUCAGAUCUUGUUUCCUUUUCUCUGUUUUUUGUUUGAGUUAUUUGUGUUUGAGGUUUUUUUCUUUCUUUUUUAAAGAUAGAAGUAGUGAGGUGGUGAUUUGGAUGAUUAUUUAAAUGCGUGUUUCUGCCAAAAGAGUUUAUGUGAAAUCCACGUUCGAGGCGGCGUUGUUGCCCAUGAUAUCCUUGCCAUGUUUCCAGAUGAAUAAAUAAAAAUUACAUUGA